UUUUUUAGGUAUUCUGAUUCGGAGGUAUGACUUUAGUGAGUCACAGGAUGGGAAAUCCUACUGCGAUGCCAAGAUUGCCCACUUGAGGAGUAAAAUAAGACAUCAUGUAGCUGCUGGUAAUGAUGUAAAAACAGCAGGUGAGAUGAAAAAGGCAAUUGACUCAAUGGGAGGAGUAACUGGAUGUCAAGCUGCCCAUGUGGAAAUAAACAGUACCAUCGAUGAAGAAAGCAACAAAAAGAAAACCACAUGGAAAGGAAUAACAAAAAUUUCCAAUAUUAAUAUAAGGGAAAACCAAAUUGUUGCUUGGAAAUCGUUUGAAAUUGGACAGGGGAAUAUUUAUACAGAAGAAGAUCUUAAGAAAAUAUGUCCAUCUCCUCCGUCAUCUCUUGGACUCAUUGUUCAUGAAACCUUCAUUUUACCAUCUAAAGAAGAAGGAAUGAUAUCCAGAAAGAAAAAACAGUAGUAACCUAAAUGAGGAAGCUGUUGAACCUGUUGUGACACCUGAAGAACCAGGAGAACCUGAAAUUUCAACUAGGGACCAGAGAACAUUUUCAUGUAUUGAACCUGGCUGCUCCAAAAUUUUUCAAUCUUUUUCUAAAUUAGAGUCUCACAUACUUUUUGGCAAACAUAAAAUUGAACUGAAUAGGAAAACAACAUUCGACCACAUAAAAAAUAAAUGGAAAGAUUCCUGCUCAAGUAUCGUUGAACAUUCUGUACUUUCAAGAAACUCAAGGUUAGAUCAAGGACUUUCGACAACUCAAAUGGGCUGGGCACUAAAAAAAGAAAGAAGAAAUGUUCGAUUUGAUGAGAAGGUCAAAGACUACCUCAGAGGAAUUUUUGCAGGAGGAGAAGGCAGUGGGAGAAAAGCUAAUGCUGCAGAUGUUGCUAGGAACAUGAGGGUUUGUAGGGAUGAAGCAGGAGGGAAAUUGUUUGCACCUUCACAGUAUCUUCUGCCUAGUCAGAUUGCCUCUUUCUUUUCCAGACUAUCUAUAAUGUCUCAUAACCCUCGGCAACAACAAACAGAGGAUGAGGACCUUGAAUCUGCGAUACAAAUGAUUGAAGUUAUUGAAGCUAUAGAUACUGUGAACUCUUCAUAAAUAUAUUCUUAUACAUUCUAAAUUCAUAUCUUAAUGCAUCUUUCUUUUAUUUCUUUAUAAUUACAUGAGAUGUAUGUUUCAUUUUAAUAUGUUCUUCUGAUUGGCUAACUGCAAUCUGAGGUUAUUCCUUAAUCAAAUUCAUUACACAAUAAAUUACGGGAAGUCCCAUAAUAAAGUGCUCUGACAGGUACAUUUUAGAAUACAAAGUUGAUAAAAAUGGUGUUUUCAUGAUUCUAGCUUAAAAUUUAAUUUUAAGUAUACAGUUUAUGAUGUCAUUGACUAAUAUGAAAGAAAAAUACAUUUGUCAUUUGUCGAAAAAAAGCAAUUACAAAAAGAAUCCUGUUUUUUAUCUGAUUUUUUUUUCAUUAUAUGUAAUUUCCAAGUUUAAAUAGGCAUCUUAUGGACUAUGUUUUUAAAUUCAGUACACACAUUUUAGAUUAAAAAGGUACUUGAAGUCUUUUAUUCUACCUAAAUGCAUCUCAAAAAAAUAUGAUCCUUUUAGCAGAAAACUUUGACAAGUUAAAUUGUAACAUGAUGUAAUUUUUUCGGUGUAUGACAUAACAUUGAACAUUUAGGGUUUCAUCGAGUCAGUGUUUUUUUACUCCAACAGAGGAACCAGUUUGUUCCCUUUUUAGAAACAGUUAUGAUCUUUUUCUUGACACAUAAUUACUUAACUUAUGAUUUCAUUCACUUCCCCUUUCUAAAGAUCAUUAGUCAAAGGGUUUUAUCCCUGGGCUUCAAAACUGUUAACAUAUAGACAUUUGUUAGCCAAUUACAGAACAAAGUGUCCUCUAUACUGUGCACAUGUCUGUUGUGUGUUUACCUUUUUUGAGGGGCCAGUUAGCAAAUACAUUUAAGGUGAUACCUAACAUUACAGGGAGAUAACUCUGUAAAGUCAGCAAAACGUUUUAAUUACGUUGUGUUGUAAUAGGAAUAUUAAGCUUCUAAAUGAUCAAAAUUGGUGUUUGUCAAAAUGCAAUAAAACCAGUGCAAUUUUUCUGACAAAACGGUUGGUUCAAAAUUUUUUAAAUUUUUAUGCUUUUGUUGAAGGGUCAAAGUAAACACUUUGACAAAAUUUUAUGAAAAUUAAACGAGCCAAAUUAAUUUUCGUGAAAGUGUUGGGUACCACCUUAAAGGGCAAUAUUGCACAUUUAUUUUAUGUACAGAGUCAAAUAUUUUUUAGUGAUUUGUUGAGAAAGGCUAAUUUAAAAAGAUAUUAUUUAGGUUUUUUGAUACAUUUUUUUUUUUAAAUUCUAGGCAUUUGUCAACCAUGUCAUCUAUUCAACUUUAUUUCUCAACUUGUCUGAAUAGUUUGUAGAUCUAUUCAUCUGAUAGUAAAUGAUGUCAUAUUAAAGUAUCACCAUUAUAAAGCAUUUCUUAAUUAAUAUGCUUGUUUUUUCAAAAUCACUGUGUUUCAUUUCCAUGGCAACUGGUAGCCAUAUUUAAGAUUAUGGUCAAAUGAGUAAUAGUUUUAUUUAAAUUGUAAUUCAUUUUAGUGAUAAUUAAAGUCAAAAUGAUAUAUUAAAAUGAGUUGUGGUAAAAGUAUAUGAAAAAUUUUAAUUUUACCAAAAAAAAUAUUUUUUGAGAAAAAAAAAAUGAGAUGAAAAAAACUAUUUUUUCCAGAAAAUCUAUAGGAGGCUACAAACGAUUAUUUUUGAUAUGUUGUAAACAAAAGGCUAAUGAUCAAAUACAAAUAAACAGAUUUUGCAUAGGGCUCUGCUCUCGGAAGGAAAUAGACAUUGAAAAACGCUAUUUUCACCAAUUUUAAGAUAAGGUGAAACUUAGUAUAUUGGUAUAUUGGUUGCCAUGGAAACAGUCGUUGCCAUAGUAGUAUUUUCUGUUUAAUUACUUUAAUAUUUAGAACAAAUGUGGAACUAUGAUGUUAUGUAUUUGUUUUAUCCAAAUUAUUAAGCAGUUUAUUAAAAAAACUGAAAAACAGAUUUUUUAGAGGUUUUGGACCGAAAUUAAAGGGUUGUUAUGGUGCCAUCGUAACCAUAGCAACCAAAUGAACAACACAUGUGUUACUGUUAUUU